AUGUGGAAAGGAGCAGGCGUCUGGAGUGAGUGGGCGCAGUACUCUCUGUUGCAGACGGUGGUGGAGGCGUGCCAGAAGAAGCGACAGUGCAAGUUCCAGCCAACCGGACGGCCCUACGGCACAGAUCCCUGCCCCGGGACGCCGAAGUACGUCCACGUCGAUUACAAGUGCCGGCCCUAUGAGUUUCGCAGCAAAGUCGCCUGUCAAAGUGAAACAGUGCACCUGCAGUGCAAUCCAAAUGCUCGAAUUGCUGUCUACUCAGCAAGCUUUGGACGCACUGAAUAUGAAAGUAUACAGUGUCCACAGCCACAGGGUGUCCCUGAGGAAACAUGCCUGGUGAGCUAUGCCACAGAAAUUGUCAUGAGAAUGUGUCAUGGAAAACGUCGUUGCACACUUCCUGCUGAUUCUGAAACAUUUGGUAAACCCUGCAGAAGUGACUCACGGAUGUAUCUCAAAGUUGUUUAUACAUGUGUUCCCCGGAAAGUGCUGAUGGAAGCCAUUGAGGAAGCAGCUCAGGCAGAUGAAGUAGCAGAUGAUCACGAAGAUGACCUAGAUGCCUAUGACACUGCAGAUGAAACAGGUGCCUUUUCUCCAUCUCCGAAUGUCCAAGGAGCAGGUCCUGGGCUCAACGACAGGGGAACAGGAGGUGCAGCACCUGCUAGAGACCCUACAACUCUCUCACCUCAUGCUCCAGUACAUGAUGGAAACAUCAAUCAUUCUGACAUACAAAAGUAUGGUCCAUAUGUAAAACCCCACAUUACAAGCAAAAAGUUCUCCCAUUCUCCCUCUGCCCCUGUGGACCCUAUCACCACCAAAGAUAUGCAAGGUGAUGAUGUCUCGGAUGAGAAAGUCCUUGAAAAUACCAACUGCAACAUCACAGUAAAUCUUGAGGACAAAACAAAUGUGAUUGGCUUCAUUUCUGAAUGGAUUAACGCAUACAAUUUCAUCUCACGAAACCAGGAGAAGUUCUACCUGUAUCUUAUCCUAAGUGUAACGGCGGGGCUCGUCCUCUUCCUGGGACUGGUAAUAGGACGGCUUCUGCUACAACGCCGUAGAAGCCAGCGCAAUCCAAAGCCUUCGGCACCACCAACAGAACAGACAUUACCAAAUGGUUUUACAGAUGACCUGAGUGAAGCAGAAAUGGAGACAGCAGUUUCUGGAUCAGACACAGUCCUCGGACUUGUUCCUACCAAAGCUCCAAAUGUGCCAGGUCGAACACCACCUACAAGUGUAUCAGAAGUUGUGCGGUUCGGAGGCAGCAGUGGAAUUCCACGAAGCCUGAACCGUGCCACAAACAGCCAGUAUUACUAUGGCUGACGUGGGCUGGGUGUCCGGGCCCCUGAUGGUCCGGAUGCUCAAGCACAAGGAAGGAUUUGUCCUGGAACUCGCACCUACUGUUUUUAGAACAGUUUGUGCAUGUGUAUUCCAGCAACAUCUGGCACCAUUUGUGUGCAUUUAAGCAGAGAAAAGGUCAAAAGAAAAUUACUCUUGCUAUGUUCCAAGUCCGCCUAUCCUUACAAUGACAAGUGAUUAAUCCCUGAGACAAUAUAUGUAUAUGUAUAAAUCCAGUGACUUUAUCAAUUUGUCCAAAUUUAUAAUGUCAUCUCUGGGAUUUAAAUAAAUGAAACGAUUGAGACAAAACUUUGUUAUGUGCCUGUUGCAGCUGUGAAAUAGUCUUUAGAAGAAUGGAAGAUUCAUUAUGACUGUUACAGUGUGUGAACACAAGAUAUUCACCUAGUACCUGCUUUUCAAGCAAAGCAGUUCAAGAAGGUUUCAUUAGAUUACUGUAUCCAGAAGAUGCGGUUCAUAUACAAUCAAUGGACACUCCACACUGACUGUGAAUAACUACUGUAAAGUCUAUUUUCUUAAGAUAUAAUAAUCUGCAUGGAGAAAUUAAAGUACUUAUACAUUUGACUGAAUUGACCAUCAGUGGUUAUGUCUAAGGAAGUCAAGCAUCAGUGUGUCUCUAAGUACAAUGCAGAAACAGAGAGAUUUUUCAAAAGUUUUGUAUAAUACAAGGAGCAUUCCAUAACAAAAAACGUGUGUUACAUAAAUUUCUUAAAGACUUAUUCACUUUUGUGUUGAACUACCCAUAUUGGAGCAUUAAUUUGUGGAAUGUGUCUAAUUUAUCAAUUUUAAACAUUAUUGUGAUUUCUAUCAACUUAAUUUUUGUUGCAAGUGUAAUUAGCAGAUUUGUUGGUGAGAAAGUUACUGUUAACAUAUUUUUAAUUCCGUAGUUAUUGAAUUGUCUGAAUCUAUCUAAGAAACACUUUUACUGCAUAUCAUAAGAGUCUAGUGUUUGCUAAAUUCUUAAUAUCUGACUACAUGAAAUCAACAUACAUGAUCACAGAUUAUGUCAAUACCCAGUGAGUUUAAAGUCCACUGAAAUAUGUUCCCUGAGAGUACAACAUAUUAAGCCCAAUCAACUAUUCAAGCUGUCAUAUGAGCCCCUUUUUGGUUUAUAAAAUCUAAAUCAUGGACAUAAUGCAGUGAAAACACAUUCCAGGAAGGUUUGCUCAGUAUAUGCAGUGAGCUUUUGAGAUGGAGCUUGAUUUAUUUGUUAAGGUAUCACUCUCAUGUUUGCAUAUUUCAAUAAAUGGGGAAAUGUCUACUUCAGACUAGUCAGUGCCUUGGCCCUAUAUCCUUUCAUACAACGGGCCAUAAUGUAAGCAGUUUUGCAUCAAUUGUUUGCCACACACCUAUGCAGUCAACACAUAAUACAGUGUUAGAUUUCUGCUGCAUUAUGCAUUGUAAUACAAAGAUGCAAAUAACAUGGAGUCAGAGUUAACAAUUUUAUCAAUAACUACUUAAAUUAAAGGAAGCUACACCCCUUUAGUUUUCCAAAGGCAUAACCCAAGAACACAAAGCAUGUUGUUGAUGUUAAUAAAUUCCUACAAUGAAUUGGUCUGGUAUAUGUGCAUGGCAAGAGUCACAUUAUUAAAAGCAAUACAUUCUGUGUACAUUUUACUAGGGUAGUUAUUCUUUUUAGUACUAAAUCAAAAAGAUCCCCAUAGAUAGCAGAAUUUGUUUUAAUAGUCAAGUUUCCUUCAUUAUCAGAACAUUUCAACACAUUAUUAUUACUGUUAUUGUAACAACAUGGAUUAAUAAAUUCAGGUAUUUAUAUUAUUUUGACCUAGUCUCUGCCCUUCAACUCUGUACACCAUUUAUUUUGUAAUAUUUUCUCAGUUACUAUUCCUUGUGUGUGUGUGUGUGUGUGUGAGAGAGAGAGAGAGAGAGAGAGAGAGAGAGAGAGAAACAAUAAAAAAUAGUUAUCUUAUAAAUAUUACCCAGUACAAAGUAACAUAAUUUGUAUGUUUGAAUACUCUCUCACAAUUGUAACAAUAUCGACACAGAGCAAGUCACUUAUACUUUAGGAAACAUGAGUAAUUAUGAGGAACUACUUUGAUUUUUGUGUCAGCAGAUGAAUGCAGAGAAAAGAACCUAACUCAGUAUACAUUAUAUAUUACUUUGACAUACAAUUUUUUCAUGGAUAAAUAGAUAUACCAAUUCAUUUUAGGCAAGAUAUCAGCUUUUUAUUUCCCUUUAUAUCCUAUUGGUGCAACAUAUUAUUAGUUUCUGUGAUCUGACUUGAUAAUAUGAUUUGGUAUGAACUGCAUUUGGUUUUUGUUUCAUUUUUCUUAUCUAAGAUGAAGAUUGUCUGGGAACAUAGUUUUAGUGCAACUUUUAUCCUUGCCCCAAUUCAGGUUGGGUGCACAUCCCCUAUGGCAGGAGCCAUUUAAACCAUUUCUGUUUAUUACAAAGAACCUAUAACAUGUGCUUAGUAUCAGUGGAAGGAGUUUUCUGGUAAUAUAUCAUGAAUGUGUUUCAUCAGUAAACCUCUGUUUUAUUAUUACACCAAACACUGGUAAUAUUGACAUCUUAUGAAUUAUUUUUUGCACAUGAUGUGCAUGUCAAGUGUUGGUGAAUGGAAAUUCUUUUUAUUUACCAUGAAACUAUGAAAGACUAGUUAACAAACACCAAAUAUAAAUUCACUACCUAUUAAUUUUUGUGAUUGCAACAGUACUGACAUCAGAAAAACACACACACACACACACACACACCUGAAAGAUCUGCAGAUCUGCACAAGUCAUUUCGCACAAAAUUUCUAACUGUCUGUCAAAGCCCAUUGCCUCUCGAUGACUUUGCAUUUUCUGUGGCUCAAAAAAAUUAAAUAUGUUUUAUCAUUCAGUUCUUCUUUUACAGUGUGUAGUACAUCUUUCUUAGUAACAAUGUAGAUCACUCUGCUACUACAAUAAUAAUAAAAAAAAUGAUAAAAAGAAUGUCCCUUGGUGGAAAAGUGGCACAUUGCUGCUUUAAAGUCAACUUAUACUGAAUUCUCACUCUUCUCACACCUCUCUGUUGACUAGUCACUUUUAUAGUCAAGUACCACUAAUACAUUUAGUAGUAGUAUAACACUUUAAUCCUUCAACCCCCAUCACCACCACCCUACACACACUGUUCAACAAAACACUUUGUGGUUAUAAGAAAUGUUAUGGUGCGUUAUGUUUUCUACAUUAUUUUUCUUUUUGUGUCUUCAGAAACACUUGUGUCUCCAGAAAUGCUCUGUUGUCUAAGCCAGUGCACCUAGCACUCCUUGCAGAAAGAAAAACAGGAUAAGAGAUUACUACCAAUAUACUUGUCUCACACAAACAUAAAUGGGUUACAACUAUUUUGGUGUAUUGGAACAUCUAGCAUCUAAGAGAAUUAUUUCAAUAUUGAUAGUAAAAGAUGUUAAAGAAUUGAAUGUAAACUAUGGCUCAUUACUGAUCUAGAUGACCUGCUGCUGCAGGAAUAAAAAUAAUAAGAAUUUCGGCCAAAAAUACUGAUUUCUAAUUGUAAAUCUCUCUGGUGUCCAGCCAGGUGGCAGUGACAAAAUUGUGUAAUGUUUCAAUAAGUGUUAUGCUCAUCACCUUGUGGCGAAAUCACUAGGUAAUAGCUAAACAACAUGUUGCAGACUUUCAACCCCACCAUACGGCCAGCAACUACAGACAUUUUCAAUCAGAAGUUGAUAUUUUAGCCAGAAUUCUUAGAGAGUUUCAGUUUUGCCACUUAGAUGGAAACUUGAGAGCUGUUCAGCAGUAUAACCUAAGAAAGUCUACAUUUAAAUACUUGACCCCUCUCAGAAAAAUAAAUAAUCCAGCAACCAGAAAACAAAUCUUGAUAUUUCAGAACAUAUUUCCACACAUUAAAAUACAACAAAUGAGGUACAGAAAUUGAUUUAUUAUCUGACGGCAGCAGCAGAUUCAUUACAGGCAUGAAAUCCUAUGGUGUAGUCCACAUUUUCUUCUCCAGCAUCAUCAUAAAUUAGAAAAAGAAGCAGAUUUUUUGUUUAUGUUCUGUUUAAACAUCUUUCUUUCAUUCCCUUUCUGCCUACACUACAUCAGAGAAGUUUUUAAAAACAUGUCCCUUGGUGGAAAAGUGGCACAUUGCUGCUUUAAAGUCAACUUAACAAAUCAGUGCAAUGUAUUACAGCCAGUACUGUUAGAUAGUGUAAUGGCAUUUAUUUCAUGUAUGUGAAUGUGAAAUAAGGGAAGAAUGUGGAACACUGCUUCAUACUACUCAGGCUUGUUUUGUACAUAUUUCACAAGGAAGCAAAUCAUAAUUUUUACCUUAUAUAUUGGGUAUUCUCAUAAAACAUACUUUUGAAUAGUGAUGAACCAAAGUGUGAAUGAAUUACAACAUAAAUUUUGUAAACCACUUCUGCAUAAAUAUAUGUUGUGUGUAUGUAAGGUUCACAUCAUUCGUAUAUUAUUUUAUUGUCUGCAGACACCCUUGAUUUGCAUUUCAUCUUGAUGUGUAAUAUAACAUGAUAAAUCUUUUUUUGUAAAUUGAAAAAAAAUAUAUUAUGGAGGUACAGUUGUAUUAAGAGUAUGUACAUUUUCAUAAUCAUAAAGAGAAAUAAGAAAUCUGUGUGUGUGUGUGUGUGUUUGUGUGUGUGUGUGUGUGUGUUUGGCUGAUGAAGAAUACUUGCUAUCAUCCUGUAAUUACCAUGGAGAGAUGGACAGUAACUUAUAUGGAAUCUGAGAUUCUUUUAUACACCUUGUGUAAAUCAAUUUUCAAUAACACUGCAAUCGAGAUUACAUCAUGAUGUCCAUCAAAAUUAAUAUCAUAUUUAGUGUUAUUUUUUUAAAGAUUUCUUUGUACCUAUUAUAUUUGUCAGUAUUCUGUAUUGUGUUUAAAACUUUGGUAAUGUGAAGAAUUCAGAACUGUCCUCACAAACCACAAAAGUAUCUUGUCUGCUGCUCAUCGUGAACUGUAAUAUCUGAUACACAAUGUGCAGGAGCGAAAAUUGCUUAAUGCGACUAGUAUCCUAUGAACAUAUGUGCACAAAAUAGUAUGAUAACCUUUUAUAAUGAAGACAUGAAAUAUUGAUACAUGACUUUGUUUAGAUGUGGAAUAUGGACAUCUCAGGUUGGCAUUUUUUACUGUACACCUGAAUAUCUGAAAGUGCAAUAUCAUUUAUACUAACAAAGACAAAAUUAUUUAAUAUUUGUCUGUAAGA